GCCACACGGAGAGACAGGGCUGAGACCGCCUCAUGUGUCGGGUCUCCUCUGUGUUCUGGUCCCCACCCACCCCCAUCCUCCCAGCGUCAGUGGGAUGUCCCAGGUGUGUCUCCUCUUGGCCUUGCUUUUGCUCUGCAGCUGCACAAAGGUCUUCUCUACAAACUCCCUAGAGCUUGUGAAGGAGAAGUGGAGCAGCUACAAAGACCAGUGCCUGGACUACCUCAACGCCACGCCCCCUGCCACCGGGCUGGUGUGUAACCGGACCUUUGAUCUGUACGUCUGCUGGCCUGAUGGACUCCCAGGAACAACUGUCAAUGUGUCCUGCCCAUGGUUCCUGCCAUGGUACCGCAAAGGUGUGUUGACAGAAAAUGCCCACAGCCAAGGUGAACAAAGGAUCAAAAUACAAGACAAGUAUAGUAACACUUGAUCUCAAUGCUCUG